AUGGGACUGGCACCCCUGCGGCGGUUGCUCGACGCGGAGGACGGGGAGGACGCCCCGCUGUGGUUCAUCAGCGCCCCCGCGGACCUGCAGCCGCGGAACACCGCGACUGCCAACGGCACGCCGCCGAGUGCGCCACCGCCGGGCUUUCCGCCCCCUGUGCACUGCCAGCUGCGUCUGGUGCCCCUCAUCAAGCGCUACUUUCCCUCAUGUGACAGUGUCCUCUUUCAGCAGUUGCUGGAGGCGCGCGGGCGGCAGCACCUUCGCUACCACUUCCACUCCACGCAGCACCUGCCGCCCGUGGCGUACCUCGACCCCACGAUGCAGUACUUUGACUUGGAGCUGGGCACGCGCGAGGUGCGGGGGCCGCAGGAGGCGGGGGGCCACGAGGAGCCGACCCCAGCGCGUUCGGGGCCCUUUGUCGCGCCCGACACACUCUACAAGCUGCUGGUGGAGACCACCGAGGGGAACCUCUUCGAGGACGACAGCGCCUUCAACGCCGCACUGCUGGCAGGGUUGGAGGGCGGGCGUGGGAGCGCACCGAACGGCGCCGCCGGAGCCGGCGUGGGAAAUGACGGCCAUUCUGACAGCGGCUGCGAGGAAACUGCCCAGCGGCAAGCCCGACGCGUGCGCCCUGUGCCGUGCGCCAUCCUGCAGCUGCGCUACCACACCAGCGCCACGGAGGUGCCAGGAAAACGCUUCUUAUCCUUUGGCUUAGCGAAGGCCCUGUGGGAGGCGGCCGCGGCGCCAAGGAAGGAGGACGCGAAGGCCUCCGUGGUGGUGGACGCGGAAGGCAAGUCGUGGCUUGCUUGGGAUGUGAAUGGGGUGAAGCUGAGCGCACGCGUGUGCGGCUUCUACGGCUGCUGGACGGUAGAUGAGCUGGUCGGCCACGCGCAAGGCGGAGGGGUUGUGGCCCCGCCGUCGCCUCUCCCGCCCGCGUCGGUGGGACCUUUUGGCAUUCGCGGCGACAGCCUGGUGGUCUCCGGCUGCGUGGAGCGCGACGUUGGCGAGCGGGAGCUGCCCCAUGCGUGGAUGGCCGCCUGCAGGGCGUUUGCAAGCACCAUGAUGACGCUCGCCCCGUGUUUUCAGAGCGGCGAGGGGCCACCGGCGCAGUACCACGGCGACGGUUUUGGGGAGCGAUUGCCGUCGUCCCCGCACUCGCUGCUGCGGCAGCUGGACCUUGCCUUUGUCCUGCAGCUGUCCGACAUCCCACAGCUGCAGCUGUGCCGCCAGGUGCACCUCUUCAUGGAUGCGCUGGAGGAACUGGCACAGGAACCGCCCACGGUGGCCAACCUGCAUCUGCUGCAGCGAAGGCGCAACUGCCAAACAGUGCAAGAGAAGUUGCUUGGGCCAGUGGCGCCGCAAUCGACAGGCUGCGACUUUGCACUUCCAGCCCCAAACGUCUCCGUUGCCACGGGUCACCGCGUGUGUGCGCCGCCGCCGCCGCCGCCGCCGCCCACGCUGCUGGUGGGGGGCGCGUACCCCGGACCUGCGUCCGUCGCCGAGCCCAGGACGGCAGCGAACGGAUGCCGCCCAUCGCCGCGGGGGACCCCGCCGGAGAAGGGCGUCUGCAGCUACUUCUCAGACGGGGCCGUGGUACUCCGCCUUUCCAAUGCAAAGGUGGUGGAGGCGCUGCAGCGGCUCUGGUACGUCCCCCUGAGUGACACGACGGAGGCGCUGAUGGUGUCCCUCACCUCACGCGUGCCCCCGCCGUUGGUUUACCGCGGGGAGCUGCGCCCCCCCAACCCGCACCCGCGCCGGGGUCCCGCCGUGCCGGGGGUGGUUGCACGCAGCGAGCCAGAGGCGUCUGCGGGACUCCUGCUGCCGUGCGGCUUGGCUUCGGCGCACGACGUCUUCUCCGUCGGCCGCGAAUUUGACGGGGCCCCGUUUUCGAUGCUCGUGUCCCCCGCCGGCAACCAGGCGCCCGCCCGGGACGGGGGCUGCGCGGGCCCGCCGGAUCAGAGCGGUGGCGGCAGGACGCCCAAAAACGGGCCCCCCGCACCCGCGCUGAAGGUGCCCGACGCGGCAGUGGCGUUUGGCGACUUGAUUCGCUGCGACCCCGUGGCGGGGCUCUGGUGCGUGGACUCCGCGCUGCGGGCUGAGGACGUGGCGCUGUCGUGGAUGCGGCGCGUCACCGGCAAGGCGAGGGAGGCGAAGGACCUGGACGCCCGCUGGCUGCACUACCCCGCCCCGGCGAAGCCCGACGCGGCGGGGAGUGGGGGCGCGGCGUGGGAAAACGCGCCGGACGCCGGGGGCGGCUUCGUGCGUCUGGGCCGCUUUCGGCCGUGGCAAAUCAAACAAGACGGCUACACCCACUUUCACUGCAUUGCGGUGCGAGGCAGCGGUGCGGGGGACGCGGCGUCGGCCGCGUUGCCGGGGAGGCAGCCAGGCGGCAGUAAGAAGAGUAGGGCCUCCCCGGCAACGCGGCCGACGCCAAAGGCGACUGCCGCCUCCCAAAAGGCAGCCAGCGGCGCCGUGGCGAACAACCCUGCCGAGGCAGCCUCGCGGCCGGGGCCGGGGAACCAGUUUGCGGACGGUGACCGGUUGCCCCCCGCGACGCCGUUUGCGCCGAACGUGCCCGUGGAGACGAACAGGGCCGCAGGCAUGGCAGGGGGGCCGGCGUUUUCUGCGACGUGUGGCCACGGCUGCGGCGACGGUGGGAAGGCGCCGUCGCUGGCGGACGCAAGCGUUGUGGAUGGAGUGCGACCGCCUGUGAUGGAGCAGGCGCUGAACUCGUACGCCACCAGUGUCAGCGCCAGCCCGAACGCGUUUCAGGAGCAAAGCCAGUCUCGCGUCAACCGUCCCUGCAUGUACUGGGGGCAGGGGAACUGCUCACCAUGCGUAGAAAGUGCUGGCUGGGACCGGGAGGACUCCGCGCCCUCGUCGAGGAUAAGCAUGCACAGCCACAAUGAAAGCUUGCCUGCCCCAAAGGUGGGAUACUUCCCAGGGAAUGCCACGGCGGCGUUUGCGCAGGCCACGCCGCGACGCCCCUUGGCACCACUCUGCGGGAAGCCGCCACUCUUCACGAACCUCUCCACGAGCUCCUUCACGACAUCCCGUGCGUCUCCCAAUAGCCAACUGUCACCCGUCACGGCAAACCCCGGACCUGCGUCGUUUUCCGUCGCAAGGGCCCCCGUGAUGGACUCUGCAUGCGCCCCCAGCGACGACGGCCGUGUUUUUCUGGGCGGCCCCGAAGGCUCUAUGCCCCUCGGCGCCGGCGGGAGGUCGCGGUACAGGGGCGGCGCGAGGGCCGUGGUCUCGCCACCGCCGCCGGAGUAUGUGCAGUGGGUGGCGGGCGCCGGCCCCGCCAACGCGGAGGCACGGACGGCACGGCGCGUCGCCACCCGCGAGAGCAGCGCGAGCCAGUCGCAGGGCGACGAGGAGGACGGCGGUGAGCCACUGCGGCAGUACGCGCAGCAGACCCCCUCAUGGCGAUCGUCGCAGUCGCCGUUGUCGAGCCACCCCUCGUCGGUGCGCGUCUACAAGGAGGACAAGCAGUGCUACCACUGGAACCCGUACGGCCCCGUGUGA